UGUUGCAUUUCUACUGUGAUACCUGUUCUGUCCCCAUAUGUCGGGAAUGUACCAUGGGACGACAUGUGGGUCACAGCUUUAUCUACCUCCAAGAUGCCCUGCAGGAUUCCAGGACUCUCACCAUCCAGCUCCUGGCAGAUGCUCAGCAAGGACGGCAGGCUAUUCAACUGAGCAUCGAACAGGCCCAGGCCGUGGCAGAGCAGGUUGAGAUGAAGGCAAAGGUGGUACAGUCUGAAGUCAAAGCAGUGACAACGAGGCACAAGAAGGCCCUGGAGGAGCGGGAGUGCGAGCUGCUCUGGAAGGUGGAAAAGAUCCGUCAAGUCAAGGCGAAAUCGCUCUACUUGCAAGUUGAGAAGCUCCGUCAGAACCUGAAUAAGCUGGACAACACUAUCAGUGCUGUGCAGCAGGUGCUGGAGGAAGGUCGCACCAUGGAUAUUCUUCUGGCUCGGGACCGUAUGCUGGCUCAGGUGCAGGAGCUGAAGAACGUGAGAGGCCUCCUGCAGCCCCAGGAGGAUGACAGGAUCAUGUUUACUCCACCUGAUCAGGCACUAUAUAUGGCUAUUAAAUCGAUGGGCUUUGUCAGCAGUGGGGCUUUCGCUCCUCUCACCAAAGCCACCGGGGAAGGCCUCAAGCGUGCGCUGCAGGGCAAAGUAGCCUCUUUCACAGUGAUCGGCUACGACCACGAUGGCGAGCCUCGUCUUUCCGGGGGCGACAUGAUCUCCGCAGUGGUGAUGGGCCCGGAUGGAAACCUCUUUGGAGCAGAUGUCAGCGAUCAGCAGAACGGGACCUACCUGGUCAGCUACCGUCCGCAGCUGGAGGGAGAGCACCUGGUGUCCGUGAUGAUGUGCAACCAGCACAUCGAGAACAGCCCCUUCAAGGUCAUGGUGAAAUCUGGCCGCAGCUACAUUGGCAUUGGGCUCCCCGGGCUCUCGUUCGGCAGCGAGGGGGACAGCGAUGGGAAGCUCUGCCGCCCCUGGGGCGUUAGUGUCGACAAGGAAGGCUACAUCAUUGUCGCAGACCGCAGCAACAACCGUAUCCAGGUGUUCAAGCCCUGCGGGACCUUCCACCACAAGUUCGGCACGCUAGGCUCACGGCCUGGCCAGUUCGACCGUCCCGCUGGCGUGGCCUGUGACAUCUCGCGGAGAAUCGUCGUGGCCGACAAGGACAAUCAUCGUAUCCAGAUCUUCACGUUUGAGGGCCAGUUCAUUCUGAAGUUUGGGGAGAAAGGAACCAAGAACGGUCAAUUCAACUACCCAUGGGAUGUGGCUGUCAACCCGGAGGGCAAAAUCCUGGUCUCCGACACAAGGAAUCACCGCGUGCAGCUGUUUGGGCCCGACGGUGUGUUCCUCAACAAGUACGGCUUCGAAGGGGCGCUCUGGAAGCACUUUGACUCCCCCAGAGGUGUGACUUUCAACCAUGAGGGCCACUUGGUAGUGACAGACUUCAACAACCAUCGCCUCCUGGUCAUCCACCCAGAUUGCCAGUCCGCGCGCUUCCUGGGCUCCGAGGGCACCGGCAACGGGCAGUUCCUGCGCCCGCAGGGGGUGGCCGUGGAUCAGGAGGGGCGCAUCAUCGUGGCCGAUUCCAGGAACCACCGGGUGCAGAUAUUUGAGUCCAACGGUAGCUUUUUAUGCAAGUUUGGCACUCAGGGAAGCGGCUUUGGUCAGAUGGACCGUCCUUCAGGUAUCGCCGUCACCCCCGACGGCAUGAUUGUGGUCGUCGACUUCGGAAACAAUCGAAUCCUCGUCUUCUAAUCGGUGUCUCAAUUGGGAAGAAACUGUCUCAGGGAAAUUCUUCUAAGAGAAA